AUGGCGAGAGAGAAGAUUCAGAUCAAGAAGAUCACCAAUGCGACGGCGAGGCAAGUCACUUUCUCGAAGCGACGGAGAGGACUCUUCAAGAAGGCCGAGGAGCUGUCCGUGCUUUGCGAUGCCGAUGUCGCGCUCAUCGUCUUCUCUUCUUCUGGAAAGCUCUUCGAAUACUGCAGUUCCAGCAUGAAGGAAAUUCUCGAACGACAUCAUUCGCACGAGAAUCUUGGGAAACUGGAUCAACCAUCACUUAAGUUGCAGUUAGUAGAAAAUGGCGACUACUCUAGGUUAAGCAAGGAAGUUGCAGAGAAAGGUCACCAAUUGAGGCAGAUGAGAGGGGAAGAGCUCCAAGGACUAAAUAUUGAUGAACUGCAGCAGCUAGAGAAAUUGCUCGAAGCUGGGUUGAAUCGUGUAAUAGAAAAGAAGGGUGAAAAGAUCAUGAAAGAGAUCACCGACCUUCAACAGAAGGGCGCAAAACUAAUGGAAGAAAACAAGAGACUAAAGCAACAGGUUACUGAAAUCUUGGGCCGGAAAACCACUGCCACCGAUUCAGAGACCAUCAUCAAUGAGGAAGGCCUCUCGUCGGAGUCCGUCACGAACGUCUGCAGCUCCAGCAGCGGUCCUCCUCAGGAGGAUGAUAGCUCCGACAUUUCCCUUAAGCUGGGGUUACCCUACAAUGGCUGAUCUGCUGUCUAAAUCUACAACAAUGGUGGGAUGCAUGGUUUGAUCUGUUUGCCAAAAAGUGUUGGAGAAACACACUCCCUUGUCCAUGGUAACAAACGACGACAACGAUGAUUUUUGUUAAUUUUUGAUGGGAAAUGCCGAGUUCA